GAAGCUCUGUCUUCGGUCUAGCCUUCGCAUUCUCUAUAUAAGGAUCCCUCAAAAGUACUUACAAGUCACAACCAUUACACCUAAGACCAUUCUAUUUUUAAAUUGUAUGAGAACUAAAAGGAUGGCAACCAUUUCCUUUGAUCCUAGGCUCAAUGUUCAGGUAGGCCAGAAGAAUCAUGGUGUUGUAGUUGAGGAGAUUGAAGGGCUCAUCCGAGUUUACAAAAAUGGACACGUUGAAAGGCCACCAAUCAUCCCUAUUGUCCCCUCCACGGUGACAGGUGGUGUGAUAUCUAAGGAUGUUGUUAUUGAUAAAUUCACCAGCUCAUGGACACGUAUCUAUGCUCCAAGCUACUCCAGCAAGAUGCCUUUACUUGUUUACUUCCAUGGGGGUGGAUUCUGUGUUGGCUCAGCUGCUUGGAGCUGUUACCAUGAGUUCCUGUCCGCUCUUGCUUCCAAAGCAGGCUGCAUAAUCUUUUCUGUCAACUACCGUCAAGCUCCUGAAAAUCGGCUUCCUGCUGCUUAUGAUGACGGUAUCAAUACUCUUAUGUGGUUGAAACAACAAGCUCUAAAUGGGUCCAGUGAACACAAAUGGUGGUUAAGUCAAUGUGAUUUCUCUAGUUUGUUCCUUGGAGGUGAUAGUGCUGGGGCUAAUAUAGCUUAUAAUGUGGCCACAAGACUAGGAUCCUAUGGCACAUCAGAUUCCAGCUUCAAGCCCUUGGUCCUCAAGGGUACAAUCUUGAUUCAACCUUUCUUUGGAGGAGAGGCAAGAACUGCAUCAGAAAUGCAAGCCACACAACCAGCUAGCUCAGCGCUCACUCUAUCAGCUUAUGAUACUUAUUGGCGAUUGUCACUCCCUUUGGGUGCCAACCGCGACCAUCCAUGGUGCAACCCUUUAGCAAAAGGCGCCGCUAAGUUGCGGCAGCUGAGACUUCCAGCCACAAUGGUGUGCAUAUCAGAGAUGGACAUACUAAAAGAUAGGAACUUGGAAUUUUGCAAUGCCUUGGCUAGUGCUGGCAAAAGGGUGGAAACAAAGAUGUACAAAAGUGUUGGGCAUGCAUUCCAAAUUCUGCAUAAUUCUCCGUUCUCUCAAGUUCGGACCCAGGAGCUGAUGUCCCAUCUUAAGACUUUCAUCAACCCGUAACUGAUAAUAUUCAUACCGGCUGCUGCUAACCUUUUCAGAUAUAUCAUGUAAAUCUUAGACAUUAAUGUAAUUGCUAUGUAGUUAAUUGAAAGAUAUAUUUAUAU